AGCGUUUCCGGCGGCCAUGAGGGGUAACUCAGGAAAAGUAACCCGAGUCAGGGCCGUCAUGGCUUCAUAGCUCUUUUCAGGAAGGGAAAAUUCUUGUCAAGAGCUCCGCGAUCGGGGGCAGACACCGAUGCCAUUGCGCUUCUUCGAUUCUGAAUGUUGUAAGAUGGGUAAGCUAGCAGCAAGCACUUGAAAGCCAGGGGCCCAGAGAGAUAAAGUCGUGGCACGAGCUGAGUUGAUAUCUCUCUCUCUCAUCCUCGGUCUGCGGUCAAAUGAUAGGGCGUACUCUGGAUCCGUCUCCUGGGCCUCAUUCCUACUGGAAUAAGCUUUGGCGAUUGGCCGGGAGGGUUACUGCUCUGCUGCCGCUGCUGCUCCUGCUGUGCACGCGGUACUGUACCUCCGUACCUCCGUAUCUCCCUCCAGUGUCUCUUCAUUGGGCCCGCUAUCUGACCCACCGGGCCUGGCCUUCGACUCCGAUGACUGGUGGCGGGAUGGGGAUGGCUUCAGAGACCUCUGGGCCAACGGCAAUUGAUCCGCGCUGCCGGCUGUCGACCUGCAGAGAGAGCACGCCGCGCCGCGCCCAUGCUCAUGCUCACGCCGACGCGAACCUGCCGCCUCGGGACUAUCCGAGCACAAGCACCACCUCCCUCGUGAUAUUCCGAAGCUCCAAGGAUGGUAGUGGCCGCAUGGCUAAGAAGUGAGACCUUCAAGAAAGGUACCGUCCAUGGGGAGGUUUCUGUUUACGCGCGACAUUGGGUGCUGGCAACCCUCGAUUGUGAUUGGUCGCCGCAGACAGCGAGGCUGAGCCUGUCGAUGACGCACGUUUCUCUCACGUUUCUCGUCCUGGGCAGGGCGAGGGCAGGGCGAGGGCAGGGCCGGGCAGGUCGUCGUCGUCCUUCAUCAACGGCUCAACUCCAGUGCCCGCCCAUUCCACGGCCCCAACCCGCUUCCGUUCCCCUACAUACAAAGUCGAUGGAAGGCCCAAGGCCCGCAAACAUUCCCCGAGGACUCCGCGGCCGUCUUUUAACCUCAACCACUGCACCAAGCGACAAAUUGUGCAAGCCGAGUCGAGUCGAGUCGGCCCGCGGGAGUAAAUAGACU